GCCUUUUCUUUGAGAGGGAGAACCUAUACUUGACUACUCUGAUCGCAAGUGGAUACGCGUUUUAAACGGUCCGUGGAUAUAAAGACUGUGAAUUGCGAAGAGCAUGUUCAAAGCAGUGCAGCGCGAGCUGUCGUGGGACCGUUGUUGUUUUAUCGCGACCGUCGUUACUCGUUCCAUUCGUGAUAACGGCGGUAAAUUAAUCACAGUGACGAAACCGAACUCGAGGGGCCCUUGGAUCCGAGAGAUUUUGACGCAAUUCCGCGAAAUGGUGAAGGCGAGGAAAUACGUAAUAGCGAAUUAUUUCAUAAACGAAGCAAAGCCAACGGAUCUAAAAUUGGUAGAAGAGGAGCUGCCACCGUUGCAGGAUGGAGAAUAUCUUGUGGAAGCUGAGUACCUUUCUGUCGAUCCAUACGUGAAACCGUACGUGCAAAGUUUCCCUCUCGGAACCACGAUGGUCGGCAGUCAGGUCGCCAAGAUUAUAGAAUCCAAGAAUCCGGAUUUCCCGGUUGGCAAAAAGAUUGUCGGAAAUCUGGGCUGGAAAACGCAUACGAUUGUCAAUCAGAAUGACGUCAAAGACGCGCUAUUCCAGCAACCGCCGUACAUUUUGCCGGACAUUGGCGACUUGCCGUCGUCCCUUGCCUUAGGCGUGCUAGGAAUUCCAGGCAACACGGCACAUUUCGGUUUGCCGGAGAUAUGCAAACCAAAGUCCGGCGAGACAAUAGUCAUCAGCGGAGCCGCUGGUGCGGUUGGCUCGCACGUGGGCCAGAUCGCCAAGAAUCUGGGUAUGACUGUAAUCGGUAUAUGCGGCUCCGACGAGAAGUGCAAGUGGCUCACUGAGGAACUGGGUUUCGAUUCCGUCAUCAAUUACAAGACCAUGUCGGUCGCAGCCAGUCUACGCAAAGCCGCUCCGCAAGGCGUGGAUUGCUACUUCGAUAAUGUUGGCGGGGAUAUCUCUGGCGUGGUCAUGUACCAGAUGAGGCCGUUCGGCCGGGUAGCCGUGUGCGGCAGCAUCCCGAUGAUCUCGAGCUACGACGCGGACACCUCGUCCUUGCCCAAGUCCACAAUCCUGCAACCCGUGAUAUUGUCCAACCAAUUGAAGGUGGAGGGCUUUAUCGUUACACGCUGGAUGGAUCGUUGGAACGAAGGCAUUACGCAGAACCUGCGAUUGAUUCGCGAGGGCAAGCUACGUUACCGCGAGACCGUGACCAAAGGCUUCGAG